UCAUCAUCACGCAGAGAAACUCUCUCUCUCUAACUCUCUCUCUUCAUCCAUCUUUCCUCAAUCGCUUGGUUUUUGAACUCAAAAACAAUAAAUUGAAACCAUGAGUUUCUGCAAAUGGUUUUCCUUUCUUUUGAUCAUUCACUUACUAAACUCGUCUCAGCUUUCAUCUUCAUCUUCCUUAACCUCAAAUGGGUUUUCACAAAUCCCUCCAAAGUUUCUUGCUUUAGCUAAAAGGAACGAUUUUUAUGAUUGGAUGGUUGGGAUCAGAAGGAGAAUCCACGAGAACCCGGAGUUAGGUUACGAGGAAGUAGAGACAUCUAGGCUCGUUAGGACAGAACUGGAGAAGAUGGGUGUGUCUUAUAAGUACCCAGUUGCUGUUACUGGGGUUGUCGGAUAUGUUGGAACUGGUCAAGCUCCUUUUGUUGCAUUAAGAGCAGAUAUGGAUGCACUUUCUAUGCAGGAAAUGGUGGAAUGGGAACACAAGAGUAAGAUUCCAGGGAAGAUGCACGCUUGUGGACAUGACGCUCACACUACCAUGCUCCUAGGUGCUGCCAAGUUGCUCAAAGAACACCAAGAGGAGCUACAGGGUACUGUGAUUCUAGUUUUCCAACCAGCUGAGGAAGGAGGAGGAGGUGCAAAGAAGAUAGUGGAAGCUGGAAUGUUGGAGGAUGUGAGUGCAAUCUUUGGUUUACAUGUCACAAAUCAAUUGGGGUUGGGUCUUGUGAGCUCAAGAGAAGGUCCCUUGUUGGCUGGUAGUGGCUUCUUCGAAGCUAAGAUAAGCGGGAAAGGAGGUCACGCAGCUCUUCCUCAGCACGCCAUAGAUCCGCUUCUGGCAGCUUCAAACAUUAUCAUUAGCUUACAACACCUCGUUUCACGAGAAGCAGAUCCGUUAGACUCCCAGGUAGUUACAGUUGCUAAGUUUGAAGGUGGUGGUGCUUUUAAUGUGAUUCCAGACUCUGUUACCAUCGGUGGUACAUUCAGAGCCUUCUCAGCUAAAAGCUUUACGCAACUCAAGAAAAGAAUUGAACAGGUUAUUACAAGGCAAGCGAGUGUGCAUAUGUGCAAUGCAACAGUUGAUUUCCUUCAAGAGCAGAAACCUUUCUUCCCACCUACCGUUAACGACAAAGGCUUGCACAUGUUUUUCAAGAACGUUUCAGGUGAUAUGUUAGGGACCAAGAACUACUUGGAGAUGCAGCCGUUGAUGGGAUCAGAGGAUUUCUCUUUCUACCAAGAAUCAAUGCCUGGACAUUUUAGCUUUGUGGGAAUGCAGAACGAAGCUCAUUCACCAAUGGCGAGCCCUCACUCGCCUUAUUUCGAGGUCAAUGAAGAAGUGCUACCUUAUGGUGCUUCCCUUCAUGCUUCCAUGGCCACAAGAUAUCUUCUUGAUUUGAAAACUUCAUCGCCUAGUAACUCUAGAGAUGAACUUUGAUGUCCUCUUUAAAGGGUAACAGUUUUAAUUCUUGUAACUUUACAGAGGCUUCCAUGUAAAGAUUAAUAAGUUUUUAUGCAAUGUGAAGCUUUUGUUAAGGAA